GGCGACACACACUCUCUUCUUCUCUAACAAUCUGUGCAAGGAUGAGCGACGAUUACAGUUUUUUGAAUGACGAAGAUUUGAGUAUCUUCAAAAAUGUCUAUGAUCCGAUAUCCGAGGUCGCGAAAGUACGACCAUUGUUGUCAGAAGAGAUCAACCCGUCGAUGUCGAGUGGAAGCAAAAAAAGAAACCGGGAUUUAGAUCCCGGUAACUCACAAGAAGCUAAUGGAAAAGUCGGGAAGAAACAACGCCGGUGUCCGCGAACCUUUUAUGCCGGUGAAUCAUCAACUUCCCGGCUACAAGAAUGUUUGAAAGGGAAAACCGUGGCGGGAAUGGCGAAGGUUUACAAGGAUCGAAUUAGCAGGCGUAUAAAGAACGACAAGGAAGCAGACAAGGACGUUAUUAUAAGGAUAGUUCGUAACAUGAUGGCCAUUAAUGCCUCUCAUCUCUUACCACGAGUUUUCGGCUCCCUCGAGCAAAUCACAACGCAAUGGCCAAUUCGACCUGACCUCCAACGUAUGAAGCAAAAGAUUCAAGAAAUCGAGAAGGACGACAGUUCAACAGACGAGGCAAAACGAAGAAUAUUCGUUGAAGUAGAAUAUGAGUUGGAGAGAAUAGAUCAAGAACGGCUAAAGGAUUCAACAAAAGCAGGGAACCUUGAUGCAGUCUUCACGGAUUUUAACAUGGGGACUCUACAAAAGAGGUACGAUAUACAUGCAUAUAUACAUAUGUGCAUGCAUAGAUUACAUAUGAUUCAUGUUUUAAAUAUAAUGCAUAUUAUAUGAUAGAAUACAUAAAAA